AUGCGCAAAGGCGAUGAACGCGUGAUCCACCACGCUGGCGGCUACGGCCCGGACGCGUAUACCUACUACCCCGUCCUCAUCAUCGGCGCCGGCGAAUCCGGCAUCGCCACCGCCUGCCGCCUCAAGGACGGCCUCGGCCACGGCUUCGACCAGUUCCGGCUCGUGGAGCGGCAGUCGGGCGUGGGCGGCACGUGGUGGAUCAACCGCUACCCGGGCGUCGCGUGCGACGUGCCCGGCGUCUUCUACUCCUUCUCCUUCGCGCCCUUCCUCACCGCGUGGAAGAAAUUCUUCCCCCCCGGCGCCGACGUGGUGGAGUAUCUGGAGCGCGUGUGCGAGGAGUGGGGCGUCGCGGAUAAGGUGACGUGCGGUUGCGAGGUCAAGGCUGCGAGGUGGGAUGCGGGGGAGGGGGUGUGGGAGGUGGAGUUGUGGCAUUUGAGGCGGGGUGUGGGGGAUUUGAGUUAUAAGGAUCGGGAGCGGUUGGUGGAGGAGGGGGGGGAGGAGGCGGUGGUGGUGCGGAAGGAGAGGGUGAGGGCGAAGGUGGUGGUGAGUUGUGUGGGGGGGUUGGUGGAGCCGAGGGGUUGGCCCGAGGAGGGCGUGCCGGGGAGGGAGAGGUUCGAGGGGAGGGUGUUCCACUCGGCGAGGUGGGAGCACGGUGUGGAUGUGAGGGAAAAGGAUGUCGUGGUGGUGGGGACGGGGUGCAGCGCCGCGCAGCUGGUGCCGAAGCUCGUCAAGGAGGAGUUCGGCGCGAAGAGCGUGACGCAGAUUAUGCGCUCGCCGCCGUGGGUCGUCCCCAGGGGGAAGCCGCCGGGCGGUGACGAGUGGUGGGAGCGCUGGAGCCCGGCGUUGAUGGCGUAUGUGCCGGGGCUUGAGCGCACGCUGAGACUGCUGACGGCUGCGGGCGCCGAGUAUGACUUUCGGCUGUUCAAGAACGGGGAGUGGAAUGAGAAGGAGAGAAAGAAGCUGGAGGGGAAGCUGUUGGAGCACAUGCGCGAGACGGUCCCGGAGAAGUAUCACGAGAUGUUGACGCCAGACUAUGGGGUUGGCUGCAAGCGCCGCAUCUUCGACGCGACCUGGUUCCCCGGGCUGAAAGACUCGCGCAUCGAGCUCACGACGCAACCUCUGACGGCGGUGAAUGAGAAGAGCGUCACGUUGGGGCCUGGGCGCGUCUAUCCCAAGCGCUCCGAGAAGGAAGAGGAGGAGGCAGAGAGGACGAUUCCGGCGGACAUCAUUGUCAUGGCCAACGGCUUCGACACGACGAAGUGGCUGCACCCGCUCAAGGUGGUCGGUCGCGACGGGCAGGACCUGGUCGAGGUGAUGGAGCAGCGUGGAGGCCCGCAGGCGUACCAGGGCACCGCGAUGGAUGGCUUCCCGAACUUCUUCAUGAUCUUUGGGCCGAACACGGCGACUGGACACAGCUCGGUCAUUCUGGCGACGGAGAAUAUGGUGAACUAUGCGCUGAAGUUCAUCAAGCCCAUCGUGCGGGGCGACGCCGACACGGUAGAGGUGAAGAAGGAGGCUGAGGAGGACUACACCAGAGAUGUGCAGCGGAGCCUGAAAGAUACGGUGUUUGCCGCCGGCGGCUGCAACAGUUGGUAUUUCGACAAGAAGACGGGAUGGAACUCGACGGUUUAUCCGUACACACAGAUCUGGUUCGGGCUGAGGUGCAUGUUCCCCGUGUGGUCCGACUGGAACAUCACGUAUACGAAGAAGGGGCUGCUGAAACUGUACCUGCAGCGCGGCCUGCGCGUGCUGACGGCCUUGGUACUCGUGAUUGGAGGGUGGACGGCACGCCAGAGAGGGCUCACGGCAACCAACCUGCGUGUAGCAUUGAGACUUGCCCUGGGGAUCCUGCUUGACCGCGGAAUCGGUCUUCUCAGGACCGCAAAGCAGCUGUUGUGA